AUGGUCAAGGGCAAGACAGAAACCCUCACGGAGCGCGCCGAGACAGUUCUUUACGAAGGCGAUACUGACCUUGCCAUACCAGCCGCGUAUCAGGCUGCCCCCAAGCUCACAUGGAAAGGUCGUAUUUGGGACACGUUUGAUGCCCCUGCCAAUGAGAGGAAGCUUCUCUUCAAGCUAGAUGCUGUCCUUUUGGUGUUUGGCUGCCUUGGGUGGUUCAUCAAGAAUCUUGAUCAAGAAAAUCUCGCCACUGCUUUCGUCUCGGGUAUGAAGGAAGACCUCGAUAUGUACCAGAAUCAGUACACGACCGCGACCACCAUGUGGACCGUCGGAUACUGCAUCGGACAAAUCCCGUCAAAUAUCAUCCUCUUAUACGUCUCGCCUCGAUAUUGGAUCCCGGCGCUCGAAAUUGUCUGGGGCUUGUGUACUCUUCUGACAUACCGUGUUUCCAACUAUCGAUCGCUUUACGCCCUCCGGUUCUUUGUUGGAUUGGCUGAGGCUGGCAUGUAUCCUGCUUUGCACUGGAUCCUGGGCUCCUACUACAAGCCUCAUGAGCUCUCCAAACGUGCAGCUCUCCUUGGUACCUCAGCUGGACUCGGCACACUCUUUUCAUCUAUCCUACAAGCUGCCGCCUACACCAACCUUGACGGUGUCCAUGGAAUCGCCGGAUGGCGAUGGCUGUUUAUCAUCGAUGCUGUCAUCACUCUCCCAAUCGCAGUCAUGGGUUUGGUCUUCCUUCCUGCUGUCCCUGGUCAUUCGGGCAACAAGCCUUCAUUCUGGUUAUCUCAAGAGGAUCUCGACCUCGCCAAAGCACGUAUGGACUCGGUCGGACGAGCACCCGUCCGCCGUCUCUCCUGGAAACGCGUGCUCGGCUACGCAAAGACCUGGCACUUUUACAUCUUGCCCCUCAUGUACAUGAUCUGGAACAACUCUAUCAAGUUUACGGGUAUCAUGUCGUUCUGGCUCAAAAGCGCGGACAAUCCUGUUCAGCGAGGUGUUGCCGAAAGGCAACAUUUGGUAAUGCCUGGUAUCGUGACUGGCUGGCUCGGAGCCUGGCUCUCUGAUGGCGCAUUCCGAGGCCGCCGAUGGCCACCUAUCCUACUUGCUAACCUUUGGAGCUUUGUGAUAGCCGUGGCUAUUGUCAACAUCCCUCUGUGGGCAAACCUCCCUGCCCAUUUUGCUUUGUAUUAUUUGAGCGGGGCAGGCACCAACUUCGCCGGAUUAUACUUUGCAUGGAUCAAUGAGAUCUGCGGAGCCGAUGCCGAAAAGCGUGCUUUGAUCUUAGCUAUGAGCAACGAUGCCAGCUUUGUGCUUCAAAGUAUCGUACCCAAUUUCGUAUGGAAGCAAGUCGAUUACCCGAAGGCGACCAAAGGUCUGUGGUAUACUGCUGGGCUCUGCUUCGCGUUAAAUUUCAUCAUUCUCUUGGUUCGAUACUUGCACAACCGAGACAAGAGAUUUGCUAUCCGAGCCGCUGGCGAGGUUGGAGACGAGGAAGGAUUCUCGCCCAGUGAGAGUAAGGAGGAUGUCAAGGCUCUAUAAGGUUGUCUCAUAAGGUAUUCUGUCUGUUAUCCUAGGGGGUAUCUUUCCUUCUGGGGGUUAUAUUUCGGGUAGUAGUGUCAUGCGGGCUCUUUCCGGUAUCAAAGAUUCAUGCAGCAG